GGUGCGGCCCCUAUAGCCCAUUUCACGGCGUCGUUGCGCGGGUAAAUAUAGCGGAGCGCCGGCCGAGCGGGAGUCCGCGGAGAGCAGUCCGUACCCGGCCGGCAGCGCAGCACCUCAGCUCAGCUCAGCUCAGCACACCUCAGCAGCCAUGGAGGAGCUCCCACCAGAACAGAUCCAACUACUGAAGAAGGCCUUCGAUGCCUUCGACCAGCAGAAGAAGGGCUCCAUCGGCACGGACAUGGUGCGGACCAUCCUGGAGAUGCUGGGCCUCAAGCUGGACGAGAAGCAGCUCCAGGACAUCAUCGACGAGGUGGACGCAGACGGCUCUGGGCAGCUGGAGUUCGACGAGUUCGUGCAGCUGGCGGCCAGGUUCCUGGUGGAGGAGGACGCCGAGGCGAUGCAGCAGGAGCUCCGGGAGGCCUUCAGGCUCUACGACAAGGAGGGUAACGGGUACAUCACGACUGGCGUCCUGAGGGAGAUCCUGCGAGAGCUGGACGACAAGAUCACCGAGGAGGAACUCGACAUGAUGAUCGAGGAAAUCGACUCAGACGGCUCCGGGACCGUUGACUUUGAUGAGUUUAUGGAGGUGAUGACGGGCGAGUAGGCGCCGCGCCGCCCCCGCGCCGCGCCGCCCCCGCGCCGCGCCGCCGCCCCCGCCGCCCACCUCCCCCCGCCCCCGCUCAGCUCCCACGGCUGUCUCUACAUUCCCGGAUGGGCUUCGCCUCUCCGCUUUCUCACCUCGUCGGCGAGCACGUCGGAACGGAGUGCGCAGCUGCACUCCACAACAAGCGUUCUAGUUUUGGUAAUAACGGUAAAAACCACACUCGUUGCCACACGAAAGUUUUGUCCAUCUUUGUUUACGCAUAGCAGUAAGUGUACUCUGUGAGUGUGCAACAACAACAUAAAUGUAUCGAGCUGUAUUUAUGAAAUAUCUGUGUGGCAAUACAUUCUGAGAAAGCAGUGCUGUGACCACCAGCUAUGUAAUACAAAGUAAUUGUCAAUAAAAUAUUUUAUCGUCACACAA